AUGAACAUUUUCGCGUCGACAAGCACAUCUAUAAGUGCUGGGAAUUCUACGGACGGGGUCGGGAAUAAUUCCAUAACUCGGCAUUCUCCUUAUUCUCCACUUCCUGUUUACAACAACCAAACCAGUUAUGGAUCGACUUACAAUAAUGAUAAUGGCUCAUUUUAUCUGAGAAAAAUGUAUCAAUCCACAUCAACUUUUCCUCAGAAAGCAUUUUCAACAAGCCCUGUGAAACCUCCCAAAAUAAUUGAUAAAACUUUUAAAAGAAUUGCUGAUCAAAUAACUGAACAGUCAUCAAAAGUGAAUUCAAUAGCUCCAAGGCAAUUAAAUAAUCCUUUAAGCUUCUGUGAUGACUUUUUUGUCGCUCCAGCUGUUUCGAGGACUCCAAAUCCUACCUCAAAAACUAGCCCAAAUAAUCAAGUUUGGCUUGAAAAAAGAAACAAAAAUCAAAUGAGUCAAAAAUUUUUACGAGGAGAUUAUAUCCCCUCAGUGAAUCAAAUGCAUUUAUAUGGAAGAAGAGAAAGACCGUCGCGCUUUGAAAGUAUUGGAUUAUGGAUUUCGAGAAAUAAAAUUAGUUAA